GGACAGAACAUGGCUGCAGACAUCGUCUGCUGAUGAAAAGCGUCUGCAGGAGCAGCCUGAGAGGAGUGACAGGAGGGUCUCAGUAACAUUAGAGGUGAUGAAUCAAACAGAUGAACUACUCUGACUCUGACAUCAGGUGGGAACAGCAGCAUGUUAAACCUGUAGAUACAACGGAGAAUCAGCCGUGACCAUGAUCGACCUGAGCUUCCUGACCGAGGAGGAGCAGGAGAGCAUCCGCUCUGUGCUGAGGAGAGACGCUGAGCUGAAAAAGGCUGAGGAGAAGCGAGUCCAGAGCCUUCAGAGGAAUAUAGCCAACAAGGAGCAGCUGAGGUACAUGACCGGAGAAUGGUUCUAUGAGACCAAGCAGCUCCGCCAUCGGGACAGAAUCCAUGGAGCUGACAUCAUCAGAGCCUCCAUGAGGCACACGCAGAGGCCGCUGACUAUCUUGGAGCUCUCUCACUCGCGGCAGGAGCGGCCGAGCUUCGUCAGCAGUGAGAACAGAGAAGUGGUCGUCCCUCCUGUUCUCCAGGGCGUCCUUCAGGACCCUCAGCUAGAGCUCAGCGAGGAAAUGUAUGAAAUCAGGACUCCAUCUCCACCAGCAGAAAACAAUCCUCGACCGGUUUCUGUGUCGCCCAUGAAGGAAAGGAAAAAUCCCUUCAACAGUGAGGACUUCUCCUCAGAGGAAAAGUGUGAAGAUCAAACCCAAACACAGAAUGAGGUUUCUUCAUCUCCGUCAUCAUCAUCGGAGUGGAAACAGUUAAGAAGCAGCGUGUCAGUGCCUGUUCUUCAGCAGGACGAGACAGACAGUGACAGCACUCUGGACACCAACCUGGGUUUGAGGAGAAACACGGGAAGCUCCAGGUCUAACUUAAGCAUCUCCUCAGGAUUGGCCUCCAUGUCUUCUGUCAGUGGCAGCAUCAGCAGCAUUUACCCCGCAGACUUUGGAGACAUUGAGGUUCAGGGAAACAUACAGUUUGCUGUGAACUACAUCCAGAAGCUGGGAGAGUUUCACAUCUUUGUGGUGCAGUGCAGAGAUCUGGCUGUGGCAGACACCAAGAAGCAGCGCUCAGACCCGUACGUGAAGUGUUACCUGCUCCCUGACAAAACAAAGCUGGGGAAAAGAAAAACGGCUGUGAAGAAGAAGACUCUGAACCCAGACUACAAUGAAAUCCUCAGAUUUAAAAUCCCGAUGGAGGUGCUGAAAACUCAGAAUCUAAAUGUCUCGGUGUGGCAUAACGACACUUUUGGCCGGAACAGUUUCCUGGGUGACGUGGAAGUGGAUCUGUCAGAGUGGGACUUCACUAACACACAUAUAAAUGACUAUGCAUUAAAAGCUGGGGUGUCAGCCCCGACUUCAGCGCCGGCCCCCUCUCUGCUGCCAGACAGCAGGGGUCAGAUGAGAGUGGCCCUGAGAUUCCUGCCGCAGACGCCCAGCGGUCAGAGCACAUCGACCAUGGAAACCAGUGAGGUUCAGAUUUGGGUGAAAGACUGUAAGAAUCUUCCUCCAGUCAGAGGCGUGGUCAUCGACCCGUUUGUCAAAUGCGCCGUACUUCCUGACACCAGUCGUAAGAGCAGACAGAAGACACGGGUCGUGAAAAGGACAGCCAACCCCAUGUUUAACCACACCAUGGUGUACGACGGCUUUCGGCCAGAUGACCUGCGAGAGGCCUGUGUGGAGAUCACAGUGUGGGACCAUGACCGACUCAACAACCACUACAUCGGUGGUGUGAGGCUCGGGCUGGGAACAGGGAAGAGUUACGGCGUGGAGGUGGGAUGGAUGGAUUCUACGGCAGAUGAAGCUCAUUUAUGGCAGAGGAUGUUGGAGGCUGACGGGGAAUGGGUGGAGGAUGUUUUACCUUUGAGAAUGUUGGUGUUGGCAAAAAGCAUGUCCAAAUGAGACUGUACAUGUGGAGAGGAAGAACACUGCAUGUAUAUACUGGUGCACUGAGAGAUUUCACAUGUUUGUGUAUAAAUGAUGGAGACUGUGAUAGGUUUACACGUGCUGGAUCAAGGUGUAGUCUAAACCAUGGAUGAACGUGACCUGUCAGAGAGAUGGUAUUUGAAAAAGAUAAAUGUCAAUGAGAUAUAAAUGUUUAAUGAUGUAGCCGCUUUGAUCGAAGCUCCUCUG